AUGUUCUCCCUCCAGGAGAGCCUGGCCAGAGGGGGGCUGACCAUGAAAGAAGAGCCCCUGAGCGGAGGGGGACUCUCGGCUGUCCGGUCUUGGAUGCAAAGCACGGGGGUCCUGGAUGCCCACACAGCCCUGCAAAGUGGCAUUGGGCUGGCUCGGGCCCACUUCGAAAAGCAGCCCCCGUCCAACCUCAGGAAAUCCAACUUUUUCCACUUCGUGCUUGCCAUAUACGACCGUCACGGACAGCCAGUGGAGAUCGAGAGGACAUCUUUUAUCGACUUCGUGGAGAAGGACAGAGAGCAGAACGGAGAGAAAACCAACAACGGCAUUCACUACCGGCUGCAGCUGCUGUACAGUAACGGGCUCCGAACCGAGCAAGAUCUCUACGUACGACUCAUUGAUUCCAUGUCCAAGCAGGCCAUCAUCUACGAAGGUCAGGAUAAGAACCCCGAGAUGUGUCGGGUGUUGUUAACUCACGAGAUCAUGUGCAGCCGCUGCUGUGACAAGAAAAGUUGUGGAAACCGCAACGAGACCCCUUCCGAUCCGGUCAUCAUUGACAGAUUUUUUCUCAAGUUCUUCCUCAAAUGCAACCAGAACUGCUUGAAGAAUGCAGGCAACCCCCGAGAUAUGCGCCGGUUCCAGUUGAUCACGCCACAUGCCAUCCGGGUCCAGACGCCGCCCCGGCACAUCCCCGGCGUGGUGGAGGUGACGCUCUCCUACAAGUCGAAGCAGUUUUGCAAAGGAGCCCCCGGGCGUUUUGUUUACACAG